ACAGUGAACGUCUGGGCCAGUCCGCAGUCGCGGUGCUGCGGCAAUUGCCACAGUACGUGUCAUUGAUAAGCUUCUACAUAAUAAAAUAUUCUGUUUUAAUGGUAGUGUCCGGCUAACAGAUGACAGACUAACGUACAUACAAGUGAAUCCCACAAUAGUCAGACAGAAUGGUAAGAUCCAAUUUCCCGGGCGGCGGCCUCUACGUUAUCGAAAGCGAGGUCAGUCUCCUGCUGACGGCGAUGCGUCGUGAUGUCAGAUGGUCUUCUCACUCACACCAGGAUGAAGACCAAAAUAUUUUAAUGAAAGGCCUCGCAGCACUAAAAGAGGAUUUGAAUGAUGCUAAACAUCUAUGUCAUUUAGAGCCAGGAGCUUUUAUGGCUCCAUUCUUAGAAAUAAUAAGAUCUGAAAAAACAACUGGACCUGUAACUAGUCUUGCAUUAUCUGCUGUAAAUAAAAUCAUAUCUUAUGGGCUGAUUGAUCCGGAACACCCUGUAGUUGUCUCAUGUGUGGAAGCAAUAGCAGAUGCUGUUACUCAUGCGAGAUUUGUUGGAACUGAUGCAUCUGGAGAUGGAGUUGUUCUUAUGAAAAUUCUCCAUAUUUUAAGAGCACUUGUUCUAUCAUCUCUUGGUGAUAAUCUAUCAAAUGAAAGUAUAUGCGAAAUCAUGCUUAGUUGUUUUAGAAUAUGUUUUGAAACCCGUCUUAGUGAAUUAUUAAGAAGAACAGCAGAACACUGUCUGAGAGAUAUGGUACAAUAUCUGUUUGUGAGAUUACCACAGUUUACAGAUGAUACAAGAGAUUUGCUGAGUAUGAAGAAAAUGAGAAGAGAGAGUAUGGAAAAUACCAAGAGACAAAUUAAAAAGAACAAGACUUUUAAUACGAAGCCCAAACCAAAACCUAGUCAAAAUGAAAUUGAUGACACAGAAGUUCAACUUCUGAGUCCUAUUGAAAGAACAAAAAUUAAUCAUUUAGCUACAACUCCUAUAACUCCAGCUGGAAAUAUUGUAGAUAUGCAAGGCUCAUUAAAUCAAGUUACACCUGAAAAAGUAGAAGAUGACAAAAUUGAUAAAGCUAGUAUUACAAUGAGUGACACUAGUGAAAAUAAUAGUAAUAAAGAAUAUUCAAAUGUUGGAUCAAAAUCUGACAUAGAAAAUAAAUUAUCAGAAAAUGAUAAUGAUCUUCCAAAUUCAGAAUCUAAGUCAACCGAAGAUCAACCAGUUGUAGAUUCAGUAUCAAAAUCCCAGAACCAGAAUAUCAAGGUCUGUUUAUAUACCAAAUUAUUCUCAAGUAUAAAACUUUUAUGCAUUUCUUAUGAAAAUGAUUUUUACAGUACAGAUAAAAAAAUUAUAGAUAAAGAAUGUAACCAAUAUGUAUCUCCAUUGGGCAGUGUGGAUGAUUUAUCAAUAGAUGAGGCAUCAAGUGUAAAUAGAACAUAUGUACCAUCGGUUAAAGUUGAAGGAGAAUUUAUUGAUGAAUAUGUGAAUUCUCAAGGAAUAACAUUCACAGCAAUGCAGCAGCAUACUCCUUAUGGCUCACUGUGCUUACGGGAAUUUUUCCGCUUUCUGAUUUCUUUGUGCAAUCCUCUUGAUAAACAAAAUAGUGAAAUUAUGAUGCAUUUAGGGUUGAGCCUUUUGCAAGUGACACUAGAAGUAGCAGCUGAUGCUCUGUCUAAUUUUUCAUCCUUGCUUACACUUGUUAAGGAUGAUUUAGCUAGAAAUUUGAUUUUGUUACUAGGUGCAGAUAGAUUAUCGAUUCUCGCUACUGAUCUGCAAGUAUCAUUUUUGCUGUUUGAAGCGCAGAGAGAACACUUGAAAUUCCAAAUGGAACAGUUUAUUGUUAAACUAAUGGACAUGAUCAAUUCCGAUUCUAACAAAAUAACUUACGAACAGCGCGAACUUGCGUUGGAAACUAUUGUUCGAUUGUGGAAAAUACCUGGUUUGCCAGCAGAGUUGUUUAUAAAUUAUGAUUGCGAUUUAUAUUCUAUAAACUUGUAUGAGGAAUUGAUGAAAAUGAUGUCAAAGAAUGCAACAACGAUGGCUGGCGACUGGUUCAGUAUGCAAUUUAUUUCAUUGGAUGCCAUUUUUACACUGAUUGUCGGUAUAGAAGCCAGAGUUCUAAAUCAUAAUGAUAAUAUAAAUUUGUUGAAACCUUCCAGACAUUGUGCCUCGCCAAAGCUCCCUAAAAAGGAGCAUUUGCUAGAAAGGAAAACUAGGAAGAGGUUACUAGCCAUUUGUUCAGAAAAGUUCAACAAGAGUCCGAAAGAAGGUAUAGCAAAGCUAACUGAGUAUGGACUUCUGGGUAAAAUUCCAGAAUAUGCUGAUCCCAAUGAAAUAGCAAAACUACUUCGAGAAAAUCCUACUCUUGAUAAGAAAGCUAUAGGGGAGUACCUCAGCAAGAAGGAAAACACAAACGUUUUGCAUUCGUUUGUUCAAAGUUUUAAUUUUCAAAACACUCGCAUGGAUCAAGCUCUUCGUCAAUACUUAGAAGCAUUUAGGUUGCCCGGAGAAGCUCCUCUCAUUUUUCUGUUACUUGAAAAGUUUGCCGAAUACUGGCAUGAUAAUAACAACCAUCCAUUUGCUUCUGCUGAUGCUGCUUUUACUUUAGCAUAUGCUAUAAUUAUGCUUAACGUCGAUCAACAUAAUCACAAUGUCAAACGACAAAAUAUUCCAAUGACUGCAGAAGAUUUUAAGAAAAAUCUGAAGAAUGUUAAUGGUGGUGAAGAUUUCGAUCAAGAUAUGCUCGAUGAUAUUUAUAAUGCAAUAAAAAAUGAAGAAAUAGUUAUGCCAGCUGAACAAACGGGUCUCGUCAAAGAAAACUACUUGUGGAAAUGUCUUUUACGACGAGGUGUAAGCUCCGAAAGUGUGUAUGCAAGAGUUGGCAACUCCAGUGAUUUUGUCGACAAAGAAAUUACCGAAAGAGGUUGGGCACCUAUCAUCAGUGCUUUGUGCCGAGCUUAUGAUAAAGCUCACAAUCGAUCUCUACAACGCAGAGUUGCCGAAAAAUUCGAAAGUUGUGCAGCUAUUAGCGCACACUACGGAAUGACCAGCGACCUAGACACACUCAUAGUGAGCCUGUGUAAGUUUACCGGGCUCGCAGCUGGCGGCCAACCGGAUCAAGUAGUUUUGAAACUCGGUGGAAGUGGCACUUGCCAAUUAGCGACUCAAACUCUAUUUAAGAUUUGUCACGUGCAUGGCGAUGCUAUGAGAGCUUCCUGGAAGAAUAUAGUAGAUUGCCUGCAGAUGCUGUUCCGUGCAAAACUACUACCCAUCAACAUGACUGAAAUCGAAGAUUUCCUAAAUCCUUCGGGCAAAGUCUCUCUUAUCCGUGAACCUACAACACUUAAGCCACCGCCCGUGGAACAAGGUCUUCUAUCGAGUUUAUACUCUUACAUUGCCUCGGACACGUCUCGCACGCCAAAUCCUGCAGAAGUCGCCGCCAAAAAGAAAGCUAAAAAAUGCGUUGAUCGUUUCUAUCUGAAACAAAUCAUCGAGGAGAGCAAAUUUUUGCAGCUAGAGUCACUGCACUCCCUGGUAAUAUCGCUAGUAUCAGCAGAUUCGAUCGACGAGGAUAUGUCGGUGUUUCUCAUGGAGCAACUGAUCGACAUAACGAUUCAAAAUCGCGAUCGCGUAAGCAACAUCUGGCCGACGAUUCAGACGCACUUGAACGGUAUACUGACAGCGGCCGCUCGCGAGAAUCAACCUUACCUUUUGGAGCGCGUGACCGUAGGCAUGCUCAGGUUGUCUAUCCAUCUUCUGAGAAGUGAAGAAUUCGCUUGCGCUGUUUUGCCUUCUCUUUUGCCUCUAACGUACUUGCCAUCGGCUGAAACGCCUCCGUUGUGCAGACAAAUUGCUUAUGGAUUACACGACUUGGUGAAAAUCAACGCAGCGAAUAUACAUAGUACCGAGGAUUGGAAAGUGGUAUUCAAUCUGCUGGAGUAUUCGGGUGCUGGGGCGCUACAGCCUAAGCAAUUGGCAAGCAAUACCGUGCUGAAUGAGUCUUUCAAUAGAAGAUCACCCGUUCUUGAUCCUAAGCCAGUGAGCCCAGUGCCAGAAUGGGUUUUGGUAUCACCGACUGGCACAGAAGCACCACUACCUGUAGCCGAAGAUACAAUUGUUCUAGACCGCGAACUUUUACCGCAUGAUCCAACAGCUUUGGUUAAGUGCUGCGAGAGUUUACAGUUCCUCAUAAAGGAUGUCGCCCACGUGACGCCCUUAAACUUUGAGUUGUGUGUACUAUGUGUGCGAACUUUUGUCGAGGCUUUGCUUUGCCCAGUCGGUAAACGUCCUAGAAUUCACACAACUGCCAGUGGAAAAGAAUAUGCUAAUUAUCAACAGGCGCCUAUCGAAUUGCUGCACCUUAUGUAUACGCUAUAUGCUAAUGCCGAGGAGCUGUUCAGUAAAUGGGAUAAAAAAGAUGGUAACGACGAAGCUAGUUUAGAAAGCAACUACGUAUUUGUAUCAUGUCUUUUAUGGUCGAAAGCUUGGCAGCCAUUGCUUCAAGGUGUAGCUCGACUAUGCUGUGACUCGAGAAGAGCUGUUCGCGCUAAUGCAAUUUUAGCGUUACAGAGCAUUUUGCUCCAUCCUAAACUCAAACUACCCUCAGCUAUCGAAUGUUCUAUGUGCCUGAAGCAAGUUCUUUUCCCAUUGUUAACACAGUUACUAAAUCCGCUUGCUGUCAACGAUCCGCUGGCAGUCGAAGAGACGAGAGUUCGAGCUGCUACGCUUAUGUCAAAGGUCUUUCUUCAACAUCUAAAUCCACUGGCACAACUGCCUGAUUUCCUACCUCUGUGGCUGACAGUUUUAGAUCUACUACGAAGUUAUAUGCAUUCUAACAACAUUGAAAAUCUCUACGAGGCGACUCUUGAAUCAUUAAAGAACAUUCUCCUCGUAAUGUCAUCUGCCGGUGUCUUACAACCCGGCUCCCACUUGUGGACUCCGACGUGGCGUGCAAUUGACGCAUUCCUGCCAAAUCUCAAAGGCAAACUGUUUCCACAACCCCCUCCGCCCCCUCGACCAUCGAUUUCUCCUCAACCACCCUCACCUCCGCAAUCUCAGUCACUCAUCAGUCAACCGCAAUUAGUACCUCCUUCAAUCCAGCAAUUGCAAUCAACGAUAGUAAACCUGAUAGAUCAACCAAAAGUGUCUUAUCCGAAACCCAUCCCUUCUCAUCUGGAAGGUAGUUGCAACAGCCCCACUUCCCAGUCAUCACCAUCAAAUACGAGCUUGCUCUCAACUUCUCCGCUAGAUCCGUUAAAAAUGAACAUGCCGCUUAUGCUUGAAAACAAAGAACCACAGCAAAUUAUAACACUUCUUAGUCAACCUUUGUCCAGCGUCGCAAGUCCUGUCACCGUCCAGCCACCCACAACGCAAAUAUACAUGCCUCAACAGCCGCAGCAAUCGGUCUAUCCAAUCGAAAUUAAUGCAUUGGACCAAAAGCAAAGCAUGACUUAUCAAGCUAACUUCCGGCAGCAAACCGUUAGCAUUAUGGGGACCAGCUCGCCUACCAAACAUCAGUACACUCAUUUGCCGCAAAUGCAGGAUUUCAGGAGUGGCUUGUACGCUGACUCGGUUAACGUUGUUGCCGAUCGCGCAAAUCAGAUAGAAAUUCCGACGACGGACACUGCAGCGAUAUUCAAUUCGGCAGCAUACUUUAGCGAGGAUUCAGCGGCAGAUCGACUAUUUGUCGUUACCAAUCCCUGACUACGUGCUGUAUAUUUUUCGUAUAUAUUGUAUCAUAUUAAUUCC